AUGAUGAUGACGAUGAUGAAGAAACCCAUCAUUCUGAUGACCUGUGUCUUGCUUUUCUCGUGUCUCGCUGUCCUGGCAUCUGACAACAGCUUCAGUCCAGAUGAGUGCUGCUUCGACUUCUACUCCAUGAAGCUGCCUAAGAACAAGGUGGUGAGCUACAAAUACACAGACGUGCGGUGUCCCAAGAGUGCUGUGAUUCUCACGAUGAAGAGAGGUGGUGCGUUCUGUGUGGAUCCGUCUCUCGACUGGGUCAAGAACAUCAUCAAGGCCAAAGACGGGGUCCGAACUAAAACCGUGAACAGCUCAGGGCCCAGAGACUCCAACUGAUCCAACGCAUGCUUCAACACCACACUUUAAAGCUCACAGGGCUGAGCAGACGUGGCGACCCACGAUUUCUCUCGAAAGCUUUCGCUGUUUUGAUGCAGAAUAUUUAAACUUUUUCUUUUUAAAUGAUCUGUUCCUUCAUCUGAUUUAAUUCUUUUAAGUGAUGUAUUGUAUAAUUAGAUAUCGAAAUGUUUUCUGAUACACUAUUAAAAAAAAUGAUUAAGCACAUUUUCUCUUCUUCUUCUCUCUUGAUGAUAACAUUGUCGGAGAGUAGAGACACAUCAGAGCUGAUGUGGUUUCUGGCAGUUAAAACCACAGGAAAUUCAGAUCUGCACCACAGAGGCACAGAAAGACUGAUUGAACUCUUUACUCUAUAUCUUUCAUGUGCACUUCCAAUAUUCAAGGCAAUGUUAUUUUUAUACUCUUCUUGCAUAUAAUGUAUGUAUGAUAUUGUUGUUCUAUUUUUACAUCACCUUUUAUUCAUGCUUUUGUUUCUGUCUGUGACAUCUUAA